CUGCGCGGUUUGACGGGUGGCUAAGGAUAGGGCAAUGCCGAGUCUGGCACCAAAACAUAUUACUAUCGUACUUCUACUGCUGAGAUCCCCCUCUCUAUGGCACCUUAAAUGUGUGGAGGAAGACGUGGAUUCACGCUCAGCAGGUGAUCGGGGAUAGUCUAUUUCUCUCCGUUGAGCCGAGACGCAGCCCCCCCUGAAACACAGACGGCUCCGUGGACGCUAGAGUAGCCACAAUGAGCUCGGAGCACCAGAGCGACAGCGAGGACGCCGAUGAGUCGCAGGACAGGCCCAACACCGGCACCGUCUCUGACAAAGAAGAAGACCCUAAUGUCGAUGAGUCGGGCGCGGAAGGUGACAUCGCUCGGAGGGCUCGUCCUUCGUCUCCAGGGAGGAGCGAGGACCGCCCGGAGCGAAGUGCGGGGUCUCCCGUGCAGGAGGAACGAGAGCCCUGCAGCAAACUGGCUGCCGCGUCUCAGACUGGGAGCGGCGGGAGCUCAAACACCGACAGUAGCAGGGGCAGUAGCCUGUUUUCCUGGCUGCAGAGCAGGACUAUAAGACGAGGACUGUUUGUUGAUCCUGCUAGGGAUAACUUCAGGAUAAUGACUAGUUUGUAUUGCUCCAUGAAUCCGGCUGUGGAGUCAGUCAACCUGAGCACUCAGACGCAUGGAGCUGUCUUUAACCUGGAGUACUCCCCGGAUGGGUCUGUGUUGACGGUGGCCUGUGAGCAGACAGAGGUCCUCCUGUUUGAUCCCAUCUCAUCCAGACACAUCAAAACCCUGACGGAGGCACACGAGGACUGUGUCAACAACAUUAGGUUUUUGGACAAUCGUUUGUUUGCCACCUGCUCUGAUGACACCACAAUAGCAUUAUGGGACCUCCGUAAGCUUAACUCAAAGGUUUGCUCCUUGCACGGUCACGCCAGCUGGGUGAAGAACAUCGAGUAUGACACCAACACUCGCCUCCUUGUCACAUCUGGCUUCGAUGGCAAUGUCAUCACAUGGGACACUAACAGGUUUACAGAAGACGGCUGCCCGCACAAGAAGUUCUUCCACACUCGCUACCUGAUGAGGAUGCGUCUGACGCCCGACUGUUCCAAGAUGCUCAUCUCCACUUCCUCAGGGUACCUGCUCAUCCUUCACGACCUGGACCUCACCCAGUCUCUCGAGGUGGGCAGCUACCGCAUGCUGCGAGCGCGACGGACUCCCCUCAGCUCAGAUGGAGGCACGUCAGCGUUCCGGUCGGCUGGUACUCCUCGCCAGGGAAAUGACUCCAGCAAGAUUCACCCUCACAGAGAAGGCCUCUCUCCCAGGAACAGCUUGGAGGUUUUAACUCCAGAGAUCCCUGGUGAACGAGACAAAGGGAACUGCAUCACCUCCUUGCAACUCCACCCCAAAGGCUGGGCUACGCUCAUCCGCUGCUCCAGCAACAUGGACGACCAGGAGUGGACAUGCGUGUAUGAGUUCCAGGAGGGAGCGCCCACGCGGCCCCCGGUCUCCCCGCGCUGCUCCCUCCGCCUCACCCACUACAUCGAAGAGGCCAACGUGGGGCGAGGCUACAUCAAGGAGCUGUGCUUCAGCCCGGACGGACGGCUCAUCUGCUCCCCCUACGGUUACGGCAUCCGCCUGCUGGCCUUUGACGAGCGCUGCAGCGAGCUCGCCGACUGCCUGCCCGUCCAGACCAGCUGCCUCAGGGAGAUCCGAUCCAUCUACUCACACAGUGACGUGGUGCUCACCACCAAGUUCUCCCCAACGCACUGCCAGCUGGCCUCGGGUUGCCUCAGCGGACGUGUGGCUCUUUACCAGCCCAAAUUUUAGCAUCCAGGGGCGUCACCUGAUGGAGCACUGAAAACCUGGCUAGGAAGUAUUCAAGAGUUCCUGCACAGAACAUCUGGAAUAUACCAAUGAGGCUUUUUAAGUCUUGAUAUGUUUGACAGCUACACAAAUAUCUGCAUAAAAAUCUUCCAUUAUUCUUGUAUAUCUUUCAUGCAGUACAUGAUUUCUCUGAUUUGAGAUUGUUAUAACAUCUUUGCAGAUAUUUAAGUGUCAAAGCAGUUUAGCCUCUUUAGUAUAAUUUUGUAUAUCAAAACCAUCAAAAGGACAAAUUUGUUGGAUUCUCUGAAUGCACGUUUCACACCAUAAGCACUCAACACAAACAUCAUUACUCUUUGGGACUUCAGUUGACUUUAAAAGCUGAAUAUUAGGAUUUUCUUAACUUGUGUCAGGUAUUAAUUACAUGAAGUCCCAGGUCUGUAGCUGUGAAGCAGGCCGCCUCUGGGUGCUAGCUGUCAGCCGACAGCCACUGACUGGAAACUAAACUGAGUACUUAUCUUUGGCCCAUUGACCAGGUGACAGCGGUGGAUGGACACUUUCAGCCUUUCUGGGCCAGAACAUCAAGAUUUAAUGCAAAAUAAAUAAAAACUCUAGGCAACAUAAUAAGAAAGGCCACUUGAUUUUUACAGACUUGACUGUCUUUCAGACUGGGUAGAAGGUUUGAAGUCCAAUCUUCAAAGCUCUUGAUGCGAUACGGUAUCAGGCAACAACAAACUGCUGAUCGUCUGUUGAUCUUUUUCAAACUAAAAUUAAACUAAAACUUUUUGGGGGUUUCCUUUAAAGUCAAAAUUUUUGGUUCUUUUGAGACUCGACACAUCCAGAUGUUGUCAUCUCGGGAGAAAAACACUAACGAUGCAAACAGACAAAUAAUCUGUGAAAAAGAGAGACAAACGGGCUCUUAUGUCUGCUGUUGAGCGUCCUGUUCGGCGUCCUUCGCUGCACCUCCUGCCGCUUUCUGCUGCUUUGCUCAUGCCUUUGCCACAGGUGCUGCUUCUCUGCUCAUACAAUCUGAACUUUGACUUCGAGGACCUCUUCUCAUUACCUCCCUGCUUAGUUUUGUUCUCCAUUUCUAAUCUCCACUGUCACGGUCCACAGUGUUAAGUGGUUUUCUUGGUGUGUUAAUGUUGGCACUACUUGUAGCACGGCCAUUUCGUUGGAAUUUGUGGUCAUUUUUUGACUUUGUGAGGCCGUUUUAGAAAAGGUUGCAUUGAUGACACUUGUAAUUUCUCCCCACAGUUUAUACUUUUAAAUGAAGCCCAUGAAUUUAAACGUUAUGCUGUUUUGGCUGCUGGUAUCCAUUAAUCUGACACCAUUCAAACCCAUUAUCAGUACAAAGAAAAUAAUAUUUAAAUAUAUUUCUUUUUUUUUUAAAUCAAGGCUGAUAUCAUUACAUAUUUUUUGUGUAAAUUAUAGUAGCUCAACUUAAUUAUAUCUGUGAUACUCCACACACACCUUAGUUUAUAAUACAACACUUUAAAAAAAUAACUCCCACAUUUAUAGUUUGAUUUCUUUUAAGAAUGCUCUGAAAAUGAAAACUGCUGAUGUCUUUCAUUUCCAGAAGUGCACAUUUGUUGAAGACCACUUAAGUCGGGUGUUCUCAGCAACAUUAAGUUGCAUUUUCUCACAGCGUGGUUAACUUUUUUUAAUAUUGAUUAUGGGUUUGGAUACACAGGUAAUACUUAUUAGAUCUAUUAAGAAUUCAGAUUAACACCAGCUAAGUUUAAACAUUUACAGGAUGACAUUGGUGCCUGAAUCUGUUCCUGUACCUUUUUCCUGUCAUUUUAUUAGUUUUCUAGGUUGCCAAUCUUCUUUAAACAUUAAGGUGUCUGCAAGGCUUUCAUGUUUCUAGUGUAGGAAUAGCUGCAGUGAGAACUGCCCUGAUAGUUCCACUUUUAUGUAAACUGGCUGCAGGACUGACCGCAGAGUAGUGGAUAACUUAAGGUAGAUAAAAGAUAAACACAUACUAUGCAUACCUGCCUUUAUGAUGAUUCUCUUUUCUUAUUUAUGCUCUGUGGAGUUGUCAGAUGCCAAACUAUGAUUUUUUUUUUUUGUUUUUUUGUUUGUUUGUUUUCCUUUUGUUCUUCUUUUUGGCGAGGGGUUGUAGUGAAACAUGAGCUGAGAACUAAAAGUGAACAUCUGUCAUUGUUUUAUAUGUAGGAAAUUAUGUGAAAACAUGCCCCAAAUAAGGCUAUGUAUCUGCAAAUGUAUAGAUGCUGAAUUAUUUGGGACAUGCUUAAACGCCUCUAAAGCAAAUGCUUCUACCUUAAUUCAGUUGUUUCUUUAUUCAUAAAAGGCAGCACACGGGGCUUUUCUGUCACCUUCUUUACAUUUUGGAUAAUAUUAUUUAAAAUGUGCAUGUGUACAAUGUAAAAGCCAUGUUCUGGUGUUAUUGUAGUGAUAUGAAUUUAAGGUUUGAGAUAAAAAAAAACAAUAGCUCAAGUUGCCAGAUGUGAUUUGAUAGUUCCCAGCUCACAACAUGCUCCUGUAGGUUAUGUGAAAAUGGAUUUUAAGGUCAUACCUCAGUUUAAUUGCUCUAAAACAGUUUUUUUUUCAGUGUGUUGUAAAUAAUUUUGGGGUCUGUUUCACCUUCAGCUUAGCCAAUUCAAAAUCUUUUUACUAAAUGAUUCAAUCACUCGAGUUGCAGUCUUUGAAAGUGCACAUUUCUACAUAUUUUUUUAUGCUGUUGUUUUCAAUUGACUGAGCUGGAUGUUAAAGGAUGCUGUAUAUUUUCUGCUGCUCAUUCUAUUUCAAGUAUACUCACAAGCUUUUUGAAGAGACGUGUCUUAUCUGCCAGGUAACU